AUGGCGCCGGCGCCCCAAGGCGUUCGGGAGGAGCCGCUGCUGGAGUGUGGGUCAAGAUUGCUUUCCCGGCUGCUCUUCCUCGCCCAGGCAGUGCUGCUCCUGCUACCAGCCGCCCGUGCAGGCCUCUGCCCCGCGCCCUGUUCCUGCCGCAUCCCGCUGCUGGACUGCAGUCGCAGGAAACCACCAGCGCCCAACUGGAGGGCGCUGGCGACCUCGCUGCCCCCCGAUGCCGUCAGCCUGGAUUUGAGUCAUAAUCGGUUGUCUAACUGGAACAUCAGCUUGGAGUCUCAAACAUUACAAGAAGUGAAAAUGAAUUAUAAUGAAUUAACAGAAAUCCCGUAUUUUGGAGAACCAACUUCUAAUAUUACUCUCCUCUCGUUAGUUCAUAAUAUAAUCCCGGAAAUAAAUGCAGAAGUGUUCCAGUUUUACCCUGCUCUCGAGACUUUAGAUCUCAGCUCAAAUCUAAUAUCAGAAAUCAAGACAUCUUCAUUUCCUCGAAUGCAGCUUAAAUACCUGAAUUUGAGUAAUAAUAGGAUAACCGUCUUGGAGGCUGGUUGCUUUGAUAAUUUGUCAAGUUCCUUAUUAGUGGUGAAGUUAAACAGGAACAGAAUUAGCAUGAUUCCACCCAAGAUCUUCAAGCUACCUCACCUCCAGUUCUUGGAACUUAAAAGAAACAGGAUUAAAGUUGUGGAGGGUCUCACAUUCCAAGGGCUUGACUCCUUAAGAUCUUUGAAAAUGCAACGGAAUGGAAUUAGCAAACUUAAGGAUGGAGCUUUUUUUGGCUUGGAUAACAUGGAAGAAUUAGAACUGGAGCAUAAUAACCUUACAGAAGUGAACAAGGGGUGGUUGUACGGCUUGCGAAUGUUACAGCAGCUCUAUGUGAGCCAGAAUGCUGUUGAAAGAAUCAGCCCUGAUGCGUGGGAGUUCUGCCAAAGACUGUCUGAACUUGAUUUGUCCUAUAACCAGUUGACCCGUCUGGAUGAAUCUGCCUUUGUGGGUCUGAGCUUACUGGAGAGACUGAAUUUAGGGGACAACAGAGUCACUCACAUUGCUGAUGGUGUAUUUAGGUUUCUUUCCAAUCUACAAACACUAAACUUAAGAAACAAUGAAAUUUCAUGGGCCAUAGAAGAUGCUAGUGAAGCCUUUGCUGGACUCACAAGUCUCACUAAAUUAAUCUUACAAGGAAAUCAGAUUAAGUCAGUUACAAAGAAAGCAUUCAUUGGUCUUGAGUCCCUUGAGCAUCUAGAUUUGAACAACAAUGCUAUAAUGUCUAUCCAAGAAAAUGCUUUUUCCCAGACUCGCUUGAAAGAACUGAUUCUGAACACAAACAGUUUGCUCUGUGACUGCCAUUUGAAAUGGUUGCUUCAGUGGCUGGUUGAUAAUAACUUUCAACAUUCUGUGAAUGUAAGCUGUGCACACCCUGAAUGGCUUGCAGGGCAAAGCAUCCUGAAUGUGGAUCUGAAAGAUUUUGUCUGUGAUGAUUUGCUCAAGCCACAGAUAAGAACUCAUCCUGAAACCGCAGUUGCUCUGAGAGGCGUGAAUGUGACUCUGACAUGCACUGCAGUGAGCAGCAGUGACUCACCCAUGUCUGCUCUGUGGCGAAAAGACAGUGAAGCCUUGUAUGAUGCCGAUAUUGAGAAUUUUGUUCGUUAUCAGCAGCAGGCUGGAGAAGCUCUGGAAUAUACUAGUGUCCUACAUCUUUUCAGUGUGAAUUUCACAGAUGAAGGAAAAUAUCAGUGUAUUAUUACUAAUCACUUUGGUUCUAACUAUUCUCAUAAAGCCAAACUGACUGUGAAUGAGAUGCCAUCUUUUCUGAAAACUCCAAUGGAUCUAACUAUUCGCACUGGUGCCAUGGCCAGAUUAGAAUGUGCCGCGGAGGGGCACCCUGCACCUCAGAUUUCCUGGCAGAAAGAUGGUGGUACUGACUUUCCUGCGGCUCGAGAGAGACGCAUGCAUGUCAUGCCUGAGGAUGAUGUCUUCUUCAUUGCAAAUGUGAAAAUAGAAGACAUGGGGAUCUACAGCUGCAUGGCACAGAAUAUAGCAGGCGGUCUCUCAGCAAAUGCCUCACUCAUCGUGUUAGAGACACCCUCAUUUAUUAGACCCCUGGAGGACAAGACAGUAACCCGAGGUGAAACUGCAGUAUUACAGUGCAUAGCUGGAGGGAGUCCCGCCCCUCGCCUCAACUGGACCAAAGAUGAUGGACCUUUGCUGGUGACAGAACGGCACUUCUUUGCUGCAGCCAACCAGCUUCUUAUCAUCGUAGAUGCUGGGCUAGAUGAUGCUGGGAAAUAUACCUGCAUUAUGUCAAACACUCUUGGGACAGAACGUGGUCACAUUUACCUAAAUGUGAUUUCAUCCCCCAAUUGUGACUCUUCCCAGAGUAGCAUUGGACAUGAAGAUGAUGGUUGGACCACAGUUGGCAUUGUGAUCAUUGUUGUGGUCUGCUGUGUAGUGGGUACGUCUUUGAUCUGGGUCAUUGUUAUUUACCACAUGAGAAGGAAAAACGAAGACUAUAGCAUCACGAACACAGAGGAACUCAAUCUGCCUGCAGACAUUCCCAGCUACUUGUCCUCCCAAGGAACGCUGUCUGAGCCGCAGGAAGGCUACAGCAACUCUGAGGCAGGCAGUCACCAGCAGCUUAUGCCCCCUGCCAGUGGGUAUGCACACAGAGGCGCUGACGGUGGCACUGGCACCCGAGUUAUCUGCUCAGAUUGCUAUGACAAUGCUAACAUCUACUCCAGGACCCGAGAAUACUGUCCGUACACCUAUAUUACUGAAGAGGAUGUUCUGGAUCAGACACUGUCCAGCCUCAUGGUCCAGAUGCCCAAAGAGACUUACUUGGCACAUCCUCCCCAAGAUGCCACUACCCUGGAGAGCCUGAUGUCGUCAGCAGAGAGAGAGAGAUCUGCCUUUCCCACCAACCAUGAGCGGAUAAAUGAGAAGAAACUUUCCUCCACACAGAUGAGCAGUGAAACCUUGCAGCGGCCUCUGUGGAACAUAAGCAGAGAACCAGGUAUGCCUCAUCCUCCUUUUCCCCAGCAGUCAGUCCUUGAGUCAUCACAACUUCAUCAAAACGAGGGCCUGGCAGAGAGUGAUCCAAACUGUUCCACUUCCCCCAUGCCCUGUCACAGGUUACACGACCACACUUUUGAUUUUAGUAGGACUCGGAACAUUCAAGAUGGCAGUGAGGGCACAUGA